AUGGGUGCCAGCAUCACCUCAGAAGACGACAGCGCUAGCGAGAGGGACACGCCGCGCGAGAGCGGCCCGUCUCAUACGAGCUCCACGACGCAGCAAAGGGCGACCAAGAACGACAGCAACGACAAUCACCAUAAUCACCACCACCACCACCAUCACCAUCGCAAGAAGCCCAAGACGGAUCACACCGAGCUUCUCCAGCGUAUCCCUGGCGACAAGACGGUCGUGUUUGUGCCCCUCUUCGACCACACGGACAAUAGCUUCUCUGGCGGCUGCUUCCUCUGGACGGCCGUCGCAGGCCGACUCAUGAAUCUUGACGACGACCUGUCGUACCUGCGAGCAUUUGCCAACAGCAUCAUGAGCCAGGUCGCCCGUAUCAGUGCUCAGAAGAAUGAAGCAGCCAAGACGACCUUUAUCGCCAGCAUAAGCCACGAGCUGCGCAGUCCCUUGCACGGCAUCCUGGGGGCCGCAGAGUUUCUGGCCGACACCUCGGCAGACUCGUUCCAGGCUGGUCUUGUCUCGUCUAUAUCGACGUGUGGCAAGACUCUGCUCGACACGCUCAACCACGUCCUCGACUACAGCAAGAUCAACCGUCUCGGUCGCACACGACGGCGCAAACCUGCAGACAAGGAGCAGGUCAUCAGCGGCAUAUCUUCUGACUCACUCGACAGCCUCAGCCUGACCGCUGUCGUUGACCUGUCGGCCCUUGUGGAGGAGGUCAUUGAUGCAAUCGUCAUAGGCCACACCUUCAAGCAGGUGCCUAACGCGUCGAUGCCCGAUGACGGAGCAAAAUCACUGGGUGUGGGCAAGCUCGCCCCGACCCCACAUGUUUCGCUGGCCAGAGAAGAGCCCGUCUCGGUGCUGGUAUGA